AUGUUUCCGUGUCACCCGCCGAGUCGCCGGCGCUGGGCUCGGCCGCCGGCUCCCGCCUGCCUCCGUAACAGCAGAAAGCGUGCGAUUAGCAGCCAGACAGGCGGGGACUCCGGGCCCGCGGGGCCACCGCACACGCCGCCCGCGGCCCGGGCCCGCGCCCCCCGCCCGCCGGACGACCUCUUAAGGCCAGAAGCCGGAUCCCAGGGUGGUGGCCCUUCGACCCUCGAAAGGAGACCCGGGUCGUCGGCAGGCCUUCUGGCUUUGGGCUUGAUCGCCCAGAGAGGGUGGGAGAUGGGGGUAGCCGAGGACCCCGCUGCUCCUGGCCCCGAGCUUCGGAGCCCCAUUUUCUUCUCCGCGAUCUUUGCACACAACAUUUUCGAAAAGGAGCAUUUUGGCGAGAUAAGAAGUGACCGAUCAAAAUCGCUGAGGGGAGGUUGAAAAAAACAAAACAACACAGGAUGGCCUUGGUUCCAGCGGCUUCUCCAGGCCUCGCUUUCUCAGCACUGCCUUUACCAACCUCUCAAAAGCCUGCGGAGGGUCUCGGGUUGAGGUCUUCCUGCCUCCACCCCUCCUCCUCUAUACACUUUCCCCUUUUGGGGAGGGGGGAUGCAAGGCUGGGGCGCAUAGCCUGCUGGAAAUCAUUAAAAUAUAUGCGAGUGUCUGCAAACACACACUUUUAAAUCA